GCCGCGAUUGACGUUCGUCGUCAGCCGUUGUCGUUUUUCUCUCUCUUUCUCUCCCUCCCUUGCUCCUUUGUCAGCCGCGCGAGGAGGCAGAAGCGAGGAUCGGGAACGCGUCGCCGGGGACGCGGGCCGACGACACCGUCGUCGUUCAUUGUCGCCGAAUCGCGAGACGGUGCAUACAAGAGAGAAAGAGAGAGACGGAUAGAGAAAGAGCAUCGCACGAGAGAACGCACGUUGCGUACGCACGCAGGCCUGUUAAAGCAGCAAAGCGGAGAGGAAAGUGUGCAUGUACGCGGCGGGUCGCGUCGCGUCGCACCCGCGUUGUGUCGAUCCAUCGGAUUAUCCUCCCGUUCGAAUAAUAUAUCCUGCCAUGGUAGUCGCCGCGAGCGCGUCUCGGUCGCGACACAAGAGGCACGUCGCGGCGCCGCUCUAGCUUUAGGGGCCCGACCGACUGCAAGAUGCGAAAGGUCCGUUCUCGGGAGAGCAUUCUCGCGUGAAAGUCAGUGUCGCAGAAUGGUGGUGGAUUGUCUGUCGAUCCAGACCUCAGCAACUGCAGUAAAGAAGCAGGAGCGAAGGUUAGGUGGCACAGUUGGUGCAAAGAUGCAACCGAACAGCGGCGGUGGAGGAUGUGGAAUGACACCGAAAGAGCUCUCUGACAAUGAUGAUUUGGCUACGUCUCUCGUGCUAGAUCCCUAUUUAGGAUUCACUACCCAUAAAAUGAAUAUCAGAUAUAGACCAUUAAAAGCAAAUAAAGAUGAACUCCGAAAAAUCAUUUGUGAAUUUAUUCAAAGUCAAAAUUAUGAGAAAACAUAUAAAAAAUUAAUGGGUGGUGACUGGGGUGCACGACUUCCUCAUACAAAAUCUAAGCAACAGCAAAUCAAUUUAGAAAACCACAUCAAGCGAUAUUUGCGAGUUUUUGAUAAGGAUUCCGGAUUCGCGAUAGAGCCCUGCUACAGAUACAGCCUAGAGGGACAAAAGGGUGCUAAGAUAUGUGCCACCCGAAAAUGGAUGAAACAUGAGAAAAUCUCUUGCCUUGUCGGUUGCAUAGCAGAACUUAGUGAAAAGGAGGAAGCUGCAUUGCUGCAUCCUGGAAAAAAUGACUUCUCUGUGAUGUUUAGUUGUCGAAAGAACUGUGCCCAAUUAUGGUUAGGACCUGCUGCUUAUAUUAAUCAUGACUGUAGAGCGAAUUGCAAGUUUGUGCCGACGGGUAGAGAUACGGCAUGUGUCAAAGUGUUGCGCGACAUUGAGGUGGGCGAAGAGAUCACAUGUUUUUACGGAGAGGAUUUUUUUGGUGAUGGUAAUUGUUACUGCGAAUGCGAGACCUGCGAGAGGCGAGGGAAAGGCGCUUUCGCGAAUCAGAAGCCAGGCGAGGAACUGUCAUCUGGUUAUCGUCUGAGAGAAACGGAUAAUCGAAUUAAUCGGACCAAACAUCGACAGCAACCGUUGAACAGAAAUAAACAGCAAGCUGAUACCGCUCUUACCGAGCGAAAUGCAGUUCUGGUUGGAAAUGCAGCGGUCGCGCCACAUUCUCUCAGUAUGAAGGAAUUGCGACGCAAAGGACUUACCAAGUACGAUGCCGAGUUGUUGAUUGCGCAGGGAUGUCGUUUCUCUGAUAUCAAUCAGCAGCAGCCGGCUAUCAACAACGGCGAGAACGUACUGCAGACUCGACCGCAUCCUUCCGCGGUCACGACUUCCGUCACCAGAAGUCUUCGUAACAAACAGAUGUGCAAAUUCGAUGGCAGCACUGAUGAGGGGAGCGCUCUCAAAAAUACUCAGUCGCUCAGAACAUCCAGGCUUCACAAGAGAACGGAAUCAAAGAAGGGGAAGAUUAAUAUGAAGUCUGUAUCAGUCUGUCUCGGCAAUUCCGUUGCAAAAGACGCGGAAGUAGCGAAUAUCAGUCAUCGAAAAGAAGAUUCAGAUAGAGUGCCUGAAGAGAGUCUAUAUUCGCGAUUACAAAAGCAUCUCGUCACGGAGAUAAAUCGCGAUCUUUACAUGGAAGAUUCACGACGGCGUACCGAGACGGAGGAAUCUUUAACUGAAGCCUGUCCACUACGAUUGACAAAGAUGGAGGACGAGUCUAAUGUUGGUGACGACUUGAUGGAGGACGAACGGGGAAUACCGAACCUCAUUGCGGAAGUCGACCCCGAUAUAGUAAAUAAUAUUAAUUCUUCCAAUUACAAAAAAGGACAAUAUAGUACAAACGCCUGUGAUUCAAUCCGAUUAAAUUCCAUGUCUCAGACCCAUGUGCAACAGCACUUACAUAACGCAGAAUUGAUUCCUGACGACACGAAUUGUCGCUCAAGGGAUUAUCGCCGUUCUUCGUCACCCGUGCGGGAUAAGGAACGCGAAAAUGAUCCUUACAACACAAGUAAUUGUCUCAAUAAAUUUUCCAAAUCUCGCAGCAAACAAUUCUCCUCGACAGACGAGAGAGAUGAUUGCAAGACGCUGAACGAGGACUCGUUUUGCGAGGAUGAUACGCCAUCACCGAUAGAAGAAAAGAAAGCUCUGCAACAGGCUGACUUCCGGCAUAAUGAUGUCUUGUAUGAAAGCUCUCGAUCGGAUGAUGAAUGUUGCGAUAUAAACUCUGCGAAAGUAAUUGUCGUGCAGAAGUAUGCUAUGGAAAAAGAUAUGGAGAGUGAAGACUGCGGAAGUCCGAUUGCCGUUGAUGCGACGGCGGAUCGUAAUCGCACAGAUAGUGUCGAGUUUUGUGGACUUAAUUCUGAGGAAGUCAUAGAAAUGAAAAAUAGUAUUGAGAACGUCUUAAAAUGUUAUAAUACGGUUCCGAGCCAGGAAGAGGAGGAGGAAGAGGAGGAAGGAGAAGAAGAGAGCGUCGUGAUGAAACGUGAUGCAUAUAUCGCAAAUGUCGAGACUGAUGUGAAAUCUGAGGUGACGACAUUACAUGCAAUCGAAAUAGAUUCUAGAGUACAUAUUAGGGAAGAAUUAGGGAAGAACGCGACGGACUUUAAUAAUGUACAAACUGGCACAGACUAUAACAACGAUCUAACAGGCCAUAGGAAUUUUCAGGACAAUCACGAUCCCUCGUCGAUAAAGAGAUCGACGUCCAAGCGAAAAGAUUACGCGUUAGAAAUCGUGUCCUCGAAAUCGUCUCGCAAAUCACAGAAAAAACUUUCGAGCACCAAGUCCAAAUUCGGAGUAUGGACAGAAGAUGCUCAGGAUGACGCGAAGAAUCAUGGCAAAACGGGAAAGAGCAAGAACAAAUCAACCAAGAAUCAGAGGAGGGAUCGGCAAAGAUCGACGACGACCGAGAUCGGGGAGGCCGAUGACGAUUCGGGCAUCCAAGGUGAUAUCUACGAGUUUAGCGAAAAGGAGAGUAAUUUGGAGGAUAUUGGAAUACUAUCUAUAAUAAGACGCGGUAAGCACGAGUCUCGUCAUGCAUCCUCCUCCACGUCGCCUGUAUCGGAGUUGCAAUGUAACGAUGAGUACAGUAAAGCCGAGCCGCCAGUUUUGGUCCGAGAGGAACCAUGGCCUUCGAUCAAUUCGAUGGCUCGGAGCGAGCACGGUGCGGAUUCCAAUAACGGUGUUCAGGUGGAAGAGAAUUGUGAUGUCGAAGAGAGCAUGGAGAGAUUAACAGCCUAUGAAAACAACAGUAGUUCGCAAAAAUCAAGCUCGAUCUCAUCCUCCGAGUGUCAAUGGCAAACGAGCAAUUCGAGCGAUUGUCGAAUUUGGCCCGUCACGCCGGAGAAACCCAGCCGUGGUCUCAAGUUGACGUUGCGCAUGAAGCGGUCAUGUCUGGAGGACAAUGUCGAGUCCGGCACUAGCCUGAGCGAGGACAGCUACGAACCUGAAUACGAGGUGUUGCGUGUCGAGGGAUUGGAGAGGCGCAAACGUCGGAAGAAACACAAGAGUAGGGACCGUGAAAGACGACACAAGAAAUCGCGCGAGCUGAACCUCGAUCCACCGCCGCCGCCCAUGAAGAGAUUACGCUUGAUUCUCGGCAACGAGACACGUACUAUCGAUCUAACGCACUCUUAACAGCUAUAAUUCCUCCUUUCCCCGUUCCUUCGACUCCCUUCCCCCUUCCCUCCCUCAUCGCGACGCGCGUAAUAUUAAUUUCGCACAUUAUGAUAGACUAUCUUUUGAAAUAUAAUUAAAAAAGGAAGAUCACACACAUACACACACCACUCCAGGAAAUUUUAGGCCUCCUCAUCCUACGAUAUGCGACAGCGAGUUCAUAUCGAACUUGAAGGUACUUUUCUCACGAUUAAACUUUGUUUAGAAAUAGAACUAGCAUUAUUGCAUUUUCUUCCUAUCUCUCAUUCUCUCUCUUUAUCUCUCUCUCUCUCUCUCUCUCUCUCUCUUGUAGUCCUUGUUAUUUAAAUCUUCUAGCAAUGUAUGUCUUAUUCUGGUAACAACGAAUCUCUGAAGGCCUAUCGAGAUCUCGUAAACGGAAAAAUUCGUAGGUGGGAGAAGUUUUAGAUUGCAUACGCGUACAUGUUUUUUCCUGCCUAGAAUUAAAUACGUACGAAUCAAAAGGAAAUAGUAUGCAAAUACUUAUCCAAACGUCGUACAGUUUCAUAUAGAUUAAUGAAGCGCUCUAUAGUACAUUAAACGGAUAAUUCUACUUAAUGAUUCGAUCGGCGUAUUACUUUUUCAAAAUUUCCUACCUUUGACGAAGAAGAGCAUCGGAUCAAUAUAAUCUCCGGAAAAAAGAUUUCUUUUCACAUUUUGUUUCAAGCUCACUUUCCAUAAAACAAACUGUUGUAUAUGAAACAAAUUGUAUCGAUCUCAUAUUUUGCGAGAUUAACAUAAUCAGAUUAAAUCUUAAAACAAACUAUA